AUGGCACCGCAACACUUCGUAACCGCACAGCAGAGCCCUGCUCCAUUCUUUGUCACCGCUGACCGGUCCAGCUUCAAGGAGGGCGAUGAAAUCACAGGUGGAGAGGCACAGCUCCUCACCUGCAACGGACAACCUUUGUCCAUCUCGAGUGCUGGAUGUGGAAGCAGUAAGGUCUGUUUCAGGAAACCUCUGAACUGUGACCCUGGGGUCAGCCCAGACUGUUACUUCCUAUCUGCUAUGACCUCUACCAGGGAUACAGCCAUCCAUUUGGAAAUGACCGGCCCUUCAGAUGGCUACAUCGCCAUCGGCUUUUCAGAUGACCAGAUGAUGGGAAAUGAUAAUAUCUUUAUUUGUGGCCGGGACAGUAACGGGAUCAUCCAAUUGCAACAUGCCUAUUCAACAGGAAGAAGGCGGCCGGACAUAAUUCCUCUGGGAAAUGUUUCUGAUGUUAAAUCCUCAAUGAAGGAUGAUAUCAUUAGCUGUUCCUUCACGACUAGGAACCCCAUCUCAACUCAGCGACUGGUACGGUCCAGUUCCCCCUACUACCUCAUGUUUGCUCACGGACCAACCAGUAAUGGGGAAAUUGGGCAUCAUACAAGCACCUUCAUCAGUGACACUAAGAUGGAUAUUUCAAGACCUCAGGUCAUCACCAAUGCAAUCCAGCCUCCUAUUAUCAAAGCACAUGGUGCCCUGAUGUUGAUAGCAUGGAUGACCACAGGUAGUCUAGGAAUGAUCACAGCCCGGUAUCUCAAAGGUGUGGCCAAGGGGAAGGAAUGUUGGCAAGACGUUUGGUUUCAGGCACACGUGUUUCUUAUGACACUCACUGUUGCUGCCACCAUCAUUGCCUUCAUUUUGUCCUUCUCACAUGUUAGAGGCUGGAGUGGGGGAGCCCAUCCUGUGUUGGGCUGCGUCGUUAUGAUUCUGGCCUUCUUCCAGCCGAUCGUUGCCAUGUUCCGAUGUGGAUCUCAACAUCGCUGGCUAUUCCUCUUUAAUUGGUCGCAUGCUUUAAAUGCAGUGGCGAUAAAAGUUUUAGCUGUGGCGGCCAUAUUCACUGGGUUGUCGUUGAUUGACAGCUCUGAGGAUAAGUGGCUUCUGAAGGUGAUGGGUGGUUUUGUUGGAUGGGAGGCAACACUGUACAUCCUGCUAGAUGUUCACAUGCGCUGCAAGCGCAGUGGUGAGUGA